GCCGAGUGACUGCGGGCCGCGGAGCAUGUCCUAUCUGCGGCCCCCGGGCAGGGACCUGGAGCGCUUCGACGGGCUCUCUCUCAUUUACUGGACACUCAUGGGACCAUAUGGAAUGGAUCGAACAGUGCACUGCAUUGAUUUCUAUGACUGUGCAAAUGGGCUUGGUAUUAAGGUAAUCGGUGGCAUCAAGGAGUUGACAAGAGAAGAAUAUGGAGUUUAUGUAAAGAGGAUCCUACCAGGGGGCGUGGCUUAUGCUGAUGGACGCUUGCAGCCAGGAGACCAGAUCUUGGAGGUCAACGGAGAUUCUUUGAUUGGAGUCACGAGUGAGAGAGCUGUGGAUAUUCUCAGGACAGCCUCUGCCACCAGCCACAUGCGCCUUCUAAUAGCUCGAGAUGAUGAUGCCAGGAGAGAGUUCUCUGAGCUGCUGGAAAAGUUUGGAUCUCAUAGCAACACAGAAUCGGCACGGAGUUCUCCUGUUCACCACGGCGGCAGUAGAUAUUUGGAAAGUACAUCCUCGGGGUCUUCGUCACGUUCCCAGAGUCCUCUGCUGCUGAGCCCUGCAAAUUCUCAUGGCCCAAUCAUUGGAAACUCGGCACAUUCCCCACACUCAAUCUCGCACUACUCCCUUGAAUCAGGGAUUCAGUGCAUCUCCAUAGCAAAAUCCUCUGGGUUGGGAUUGACGAUCAGUGGCGGAUCUAACAGGCCAGAGGGUCCCAUGAUUUAUGUUCAAGAGCUUAUGCCAGAAGGGGACUGUUACAGAGAUGGGCGGCUCCGGCCUGGUGAUCAGCUAAUUGCCAUCAAUAAAGACUCUUUGGUGGGCAGCACAUAUGAAGAGGCCAGAAAAAUACUUGCAAAAACCAAAUUCAGACAUGAGGGAAACACAGAAGUGGCCUUUAUUCCUGGAAGGGGACGGUUACAUCCCGGACUCUCGGUUCAUAACAGCAUCCAAUCGCCACCUCCUAAGGCCAUGGGGAAUGGUCUUAGCUCUUGCAGGUUGAAAGUCCAUGUGAGGUCACCUGAGACCAGACAAGAAAAUCUCUUUCCUGUGCCUUCUCCAUCACCAGACAUUUGCCCCCCAGAGCUCACAAUAUCUGCACCUGCUUCACCCUCUAGUCAGAGAGUGGCUUCAGGCAGCAAACCGAAAGUAGCGCUGGAUCCCCAUAUUCGACUCAAGGAUGGGAAACUCGAAUUGAGCCUGACCUGGGUGUACAGGGCUAUUAAUAGAAACGUGAGUCAUAGUUCAGUGAUCACAGAUUCGCAGGGAACAGUGGCCUACGGAGAUUUUCUUCAAGCACUCAGGGAUCUGCUGCAAGAUGAGCUGGAGGAGGCUGGCCUUGAUGCCAGUUCUGUGCUCUUCACUCAGCAUGAAGUGGCCAGUUUGUUGGAUACAUCUGCUUUUCACUCUCUGUCUUUUGAUUCCGUCAGCUGUACCAACGGUGAGGAACUGGAACAGCUUCAACUGGAAAUGACAGAUCUGCGGCAGGAAGUCCAGAGGCUGAAGUCUCUUCUGAAGGAGGUGGAAAGCAGCAAGAAGUCAAUGGAAUAUGAACUUCAGAGACUGAACCAGAAGGCGCUGGACUUUCUGUCUGAGAACCGGACCCUGCACAGCAAGCUGCAGGUGGCGGAGGUGGUGCAGCAGCAAGCCCACAGUGCAGAGCAGGACUAUGAGGAAGUGAUCCACCUGCUAGAGGCUGAAAUUACUGAGCUGAAAACUCAGCUGGUAGGGAAGAAAACAAAGCAUGUCUCCGAAGCAGAGGGAGACAUUCUGGAGCUGAAAAGACGGCUGUCCCUGGCAGAUGGCCAGUUGCGGAAAUCUGAAGUCAUGCGGAAGCACUUGGAAAUCUGCAACAGGAAGCUGCUCCUGUUUGUGCAGAAUGUUCACAGGGUCCUGAGCACACCCAGCCAGCUACCAGAUGAGACAAGAGUCAACAGUCGGACAGAGGAGGAUAAAACAGAAGCAAUCUCGGAUGCGUCUCUUCCAUCUCCAGAUUUCCUGGACCUGUUGAUAUCAGAAGCUAAAGAAUUGUUGGAGCCCAUCCUCGCUGACACGACAAAGGAUGUAUUGCCAUACAACUGGGACGAGUGCCUGAGUGAGGAGGGAUGCCUAAACUACAAGGACCAUCUUCAUCAGAAAACCACAUGGCCCCCUCCUCCGACCCACAGCAAGAGUGAUGAGCCACAGCCCUCGAGCCCAACCAAGGAACUGCCUGAGAAGACUACAUAAAUCUCCUGAGAUGCACUCCUAUGCAUAACCAUGUAUAUUCAUAACACAGAUGCUCUGCUGGGAGACAGACAGGAUGCAGAAUGGAUGGUUCGGUGUCCAAGCAGAGCAGAAAAUCCAUGAGUUUUCUGCUGAAACACUGAUUCUUCUGACUAGCCAGCUAAGACUUAAGCAGCAAACCCACCCGCAUGGCUACCUCUGAAUUAUUAUACAAGGCUGUUCUCUCUUGGUUCUUCAGCUUUAUAGACAACAGGAAAGUUAUCACUGAGGGGAUGUGAAUGCAUGGACCCCACAGGCAGGCAGCCUUUAGAGCUGGCAUUCUAUACAGUAAGAGGAGCAUGGGCUAACCAGAGGACACGUGGGUCCUGAAAGGAUUUCUUUUGGGAUUUCAUAUGGGAAAAACCAAAGUAAACUUAAAAACAACAAGGGAUCUGGUGGCACCUUAAAGACAGCUUUAUUUGGGCAUAAGCUUUCGUGGGUAAAAAACCACUUCUUCGGAUGCUUAGUGGACUGUACUGAAACCAACAUACUCUGUAGUGU